CUUUGACUGAGAUUUGUUUCCGGAAAAACCUGUAUUCCAACGGUCGGGCUGAACAAAAUUACCCCUCACAGAUACAAGCAUGACCCUGCGGGGCGUCAAGCCCGCUUGACACGUUGUUCAAUCAUCACUGUGGAUUAUUAAGAUGGAACUCCAAACGUGAAUCUCCGUUGAAGAAACAGAGCAUCGUUGAAGUUGACUUUGCUGUAACAACAUGCAACUGUCUCCACCGCACAAGGUGAAUGCUCUCCCCUUUAAUCAUUCCCCAAACAACUGUCAGUUCCAACAUGGGCCCCUUGGAGGCUUGAUUUUGUUCGCUCACCAGACAUUUUUCCUUCGAGAGUACGUCAUAGUUGCUGUCGCCUCAUUUAUCUGCACUUCUUAUUCUCCAGAUUUUCCAAUAGUUUCGCCCGCCUCGAUUCCCGUUACUGUUGACAACCGCGAUGCGCAUGUCCUUAGGCAUACUGUACGAGGUAUUAUAACAGUACUUUCUAUGACGGCGAAGAUUGUCCAUGUUUGUUUACUCGUUCUUCGAGACAUGAUCCGCUCUCAGCAAGACUCCCUCACGUCAAACGCCUGGUCCAUCAUCUAUCUCGUGCGACUGAACUCUGCGACAUAA